CGAGGUCAGGCAGGCGCGCGCGCGCGCGCGCGCCUCUCUCGGUCAUGUUCGCGGAAUGUGUCACGUUGAGAGUCACGCAGAGCUCCAUUGAGUUCCGUUGGCGUUCGCCGAGGUGAGGCCACGCGGCUGCCCGUUUUCAUGUUCCCGAGUGUGCCGACACAGGUGGUAUCUCGGGGGUUAACGGGACGUGAGGCUACUCCGCGCUGCGUACUUCGGUGAUCCAGAGCGCUGAGAAAGAGAGAGAGAGAGAGAGAGACAGGGACGCGCGCCGGAUCGACCGGACCGUCGCGGAUCAUCGCGAGUGUGUCGGCCGUAGUGUGUUUACGAUCCGAAUGUGUUUACGAUCCACGAGGUCAGCCGACGUCGUCGUCGUCGUUCCUUCUUCGAGCAGCGCACGAGCGAGCUGCGAGGCGGAAUCGUCGCGAGGACGAGGAAGCAGCAGGAUCUUCUGCGUCCGAUAGGCGUCCCGGCGGAGUCUCACAGCGGCGUCACGAGGCUGCUUCGCGUAUGACGCGAUAUCGACUAAACAUCCCGAUGACGCUCGACGCACGCGAUCGCGGAUGGAUCGCGGUGUGAGACAAGCGCGCGGACUCGCGGCUCGACUGUUCCUCCGCUGAUCGUAGCCGACGAAGAGGAGGAGAGGAGGAGCUCUCCGCACUUUAGCGCGAGGAGAAAACGCGCGCGCUACGUCGCUCGCUCGCUCGCGGGUCGCACGGCGUGCGUGCGUGCGUGCGUCGUGCGUGCGUGCGUGCGUGCGUGCAUCCGCGAGAUCGAUAGCCCGCGUGUGUGGUGGUGGUGGUGGUGGUGGACAGGACGCGAGAAGGAUCCUCGCGAGCAUCGGCACGAGGACUACUCGGCACGGGACACCUGCUCGCGUCGCCGCUGCGAUGCCGUCGCCGCGCGGCGCGCCGUGACACGACCACGAGACGCCGACGCCGACGCCGACGACGACGACGACGACGACGACGAUGACGAUGACGACGACGACGACGCCGGUGACGACGACGACGACGACGACGACGACGGCGACGACGACGACGGCGACGACGACGACGACGACGACGACGAUGACGGUGACGGUGACGCCGAUGACGUCGAUGAUGUCGUUCCGCUUGCGAUCCAUGCGUGUGACGAUCCAAGGAUCCUUCGCCCAGUGACGGGGAGUUAAGUGCCGCUUCGUGAUCGCACCGAUCGACGCACCGCCUCGCCUUCGGAGGAUUUUGCGAGCGAUCAGCUGAACAGCCUACGCAUGCCGGCGAUCGCGAGUCCCAGCAGCAGCAGCAGCAGCAGCAGCAGAACAGGCCCAGUGGCGGGCAGCGUUUCCAGCUCCCGUAUCAGAAAGAACUAGCGCAACGCAGGGGCGCUUCUCAACCUAUUUCGUGUCGGAAAGCUGACGGUGGGCUCCCCGAGCCCACCCGCUCACUCAGCAAACUGGCGAGCGCGCUAACCGCUGGCAUGAACCCCCACCAUCCAGGCCACUCCGCAGGCUACCCCCACCACCCUUCGCUCUCGAGCAGUCCGCAUCACAGCGGGCCCGGUGGGCCGCAUCACGCGUAUGGGACCGGCGGCGGCGGCGGCGGCGGCGGUGGCGGCGGUGGCGGCACCACGACCACCCCCGACCUACCCAGCCCCCACUCGCCCCCGCACGCUGCCGGUGCCGGUGAUCCCGCAACCCCCUAUGCCGCCCUGCAACCUGGACAAGGCAUGGGCAGCAAUGGGCAUCAUCACGGUGGUGGAGGCAUGAUGCCGGAUCACCCACAUCUCCCUGGACACCCCCACCCGCACAUGCCGGGCCACCCGGCGUACCAACCGGUGAAUCACAACAACAACUGUACGAUCAAGCAAGAGGGAGUCCCAAGCGCGUCAACGGGUAUUCAGCAGUGCGCCGGCUGCGGCUUACAAAUAGUGGAAAGAUGGCUGUUGCUGGCGAUGGAUCGGUACUGGCACAAUGCCUGCCUCAAGUGCUCGUAUUGCGGCACGGCAUUGGCAGAGAUCGGCCAGUCCUGCUACACCAGAAGCGGCAUGGUCCUCUGCAAGAGCGACUACAGACGGAUGUUCGGUAACAGCGGCGUCUGCGCGAGCUGCGGCAACGCGAUACCCGCGUCCGAGCUGGUGAUGAGGGCCGGUGCGUCGGUGUUCCACCUGAAAUGCUUUAACUGCAACAAGUGCGGCAGCCAACUCGUCUCCGGCGACAGGUAUUACCUGCUCUCCGGUUCGCCGGUGUGCGAAUCCGACUGGCACAAGAUCGUGAAGUCGUCGAGCGUCGCGGCGGCGGCGGCCGCGGCCGCCGGCAAUGGCGGCGCGCCCGUUAGAAAAGGUAAGGUAGGUCGGCCUCGAAGGAGCCGCGAAUGAGGUGGCAACCCGGUCGGUCGCCCGAAGAAGGUGCAACC